ACGCGUUUUUGGCUUUCGGCCUCGGGGCUCAUCCGAGCCUGCUGUCACCCCUCACCCCACGCCCGCAGGUGCUGCCAACACCCCGAUCCUGCUGCGGAGCCUCCAUCCUCGCCAGCCUUCCUCCUCCUCCUCCUCCUCCCGCUGCUGCCCUCGAGGGCCUCGAGCAGCCAGCUGAGCUCUGCCGUGCCGCCAGCAGGAGCCUGGGUGGUGCCGGGCCCAUCCUGCAGCCCCAUGGCCGGGAAUGCUGAGGUGGCAUCCCUGGAGGAGAGCUUCCGCAAAUUCGCCAUCUACGGCGACACCAAGGCCACGGGGCAGGAGAUGAACGGCAAGAACUGGGCCAAGCUGUGCAAGGACUGCAAAGUCACCGACGGCAAAAGCGUCACCAGCACCGACGUGGACAUUGUCUUCUCCAAGGUGAAAGGGAAGACAGCCCGUGUCAUCAACUACGAGGAGUUCAAGAAGGCGCUGGAGGAGCUGGCCCCCAAGAGGUUUAAGGACAAGAGCAAAGAGGAGGCCUAUGAAGCCAUCUGCCAGCUGGUGGCAGGGAAGGAGCCCAUUAACGUGGGUGUCACGAAAGCCAAGACAGUGGGAGCCGUGGAGAGGCUGACAGACACCUCCAAGUACACGGGCUCCCACAAGGAGCGCUUCGACGAGAGCGGCAAGGGCAAGGGCAAGAGUGGCCGGGAGAACAUCGUGGACACCAGCGGCUAUGUCAGUGCCUACAAGAACGCGGGCACCUACGACGCCAAAGUCAAAAAGUAGGGACGGGUGCCCGUGGCGCCACCGGCCCGGGGGCUCGGUCACAGCCCCGGGACGUGCCCGUGAGCCGGGCCCGGGAGGCUGCGCUGGGGCCGGCCCGGGCUGGGGGGAUCGGCCCCCGGCGCUGGGGGGAUCGGGGAAAUCGCCGGGCCCAGAGCUCUGCCCCAGCGCUGUGUCCGUCCCCCCCGUGCUGCGAUCCCCCCGCCCCUCCGUGUCCCCCGUGCUGUCACCGCAGCCCCACACCGCACUAACAGCGCUGCUCCUCAGGGCUCCCCUGCCCGCCGGCACCCACACCUUCCCUACCUCAGCCCCGGCUCUCGGGGCACCCUCCGUGUCCCACCGGGCACCGCCGCUGUGCUGCCCCCCGGGGCCCUGCCUUAACCCGCAGCCGCCUCCUUCCCUCCCCUCGGGGCUGCCUGGCCCAGCCGCUCCCGGCACUCGAGCCUCAGGCCCGGCGGUGCCGCUCGUCCCGGAGCCGCUCCCGGCCCAGCCCCGGGAUGCACCCGCGACUGUUCGGUGUCGCCUGGACAGCGGCAAAGGUCUCCGACCUGAACCCCCGUGGCCUCCCGCUCCCUUCGUGAAGCCCAAACCAAAGGAUGCUGCAGGCCCGCGCUGUAACCCGGCUCUGCAAUAAACCCCGUCCGCACUGA